AUGGAAUGCGAAGAUUAUCACACAUACGUUUCACGUGCGCGUUGACAUCUUGAGAAAAAUCGGGAUUACAGCCAAGGUCUGAGUCUUUCUUCUUUCACAGAAGUCGUUGACUUUUAACAUACAACAAAAUCUGUAGAAAAGCUUCGUGAUUCAAUUCACGUCAAUCAUGUUUGCUGCAAGACGUGUUCUGAUUUCUAAUAGAAAACAUGUCAAGGACGUCGUCGCGAGAUCUAAGCAUUCGCUGCCCGAGCUGCCGUAUGAUUACAAGGCGCUGGAACCGAUCAUAAGCGCGGAGAUAAUGCAGCUUCACCAUUCCAAGCAUCACGCGACUUACGUGAACAAUCUGAAUGUUGCCGAGGAGAAACUGAAGGAGGCGGUUGCGAGGGGCGACGUCAAUACGCAGAUUGCUUUGAUGCCGGCCAUCAAAUUUAACGGGGGUGGUCAUCUGAAUCAUUCUAUUUUUUGGUGCAACCUCUCGCCCGGUGGUGGUGACCCAGACGCCGCUCUUGUGAAACAGAUUGAAAAGGAUUUUGGUAGUCUGGAGGAAAUGAAGAAACGUCUGUCGGAAGCAACUGUGGCGAUCCAAGGCUCCGGCUGGGGCUGGCUCGGUUACGAUCAAAAAGCAAAGUCCCUGCGAAUAGCGACCUGCGCGAAUCAGGAUCCGCUACAGGCUACAACCGGUUUGGUACCUCUCUUUGGCAUCGACGUGUGGGAACAUGCUUAUUACUUGCAGUACAAAAACGUGCGACCAGAUUAUGUGAAAGCAAUCUUCGACGUUGUCAACUGGAAGGAUGUGAACACGCGCUUUAAAACCGCAGCCAGCUGUUGAGAACGAACAAAAAAAAAAAAAACCAUAUUUACACACAGCUGAACACAA